AAAGAAGGGAGGGAGGGCGUUGUUUCGUCCUUGAAUUUUACAUUAUUUACAGAAAGGCAGUCAGUUGAUAAAAAGAAGGAAAAGGAAGGAAUUCCUCAAAACUAAAAAAAAAAUAAUAAUAAUACAAAAACAAGCAGCAGUAGCGUAGCAGUAGAAGGAACCACCUCUGAAACAUAAACCAAGCCAAGCAAGGAGACCUCCCUCUCCCGAAAUAAAAAAUUUCCUCAAAUAUACUCUCUCAGCUACACAGUUUCUGUUUCUCUUUGGAUUCUCGACAACACUCUGGUUGCAUCUAUGAGACGUUUCUGCUGCUCCAUGCUGCUCCAUGACUAGGUAAUGAAGGUUUUUCGUGAUAGGGGGGCUGUUUCUCCAUCUAAAACUACUACAACUGACACCCCAAAGAGCUCUUUUAUAUCUGAUUCUUCAGAACCGGGGUCCACCGACACUAAGUUUUCCAAGCCUUCUUUGUGGUCAAGCUUCUUCGCAUCUGCUUUCUCGGUCUUUGAUAUAUAUCGCGACUCGUCUUCAACUAGUCACAACAAAGCACCUCAUAUUAGACAUAGCAAUGAUUGGACGUCAUCUGUGAAGAAAAUAGUGGCAGGUGGCACAAUGAGGAGAAUCCAAGAGCGUGUAUUAGGGACAAGCAAGACAGGGAUAUCUAACACGACUAGUGACAUAUGGCUUCUAGGAGCGUGCUACAAGAUUUCACAAGAUGACUCUUCUGGGAAUGCAGAUGCUACCAAUGCUUUAGCUGCAUUUCAUCGUGAUUUUUCAUCACGAAUUCUAAUCACGUAUAGAAAAGGUUUUGAUAUGAUUGAAGAUUCAAAACUUACAAGUGAUGUAAACUGGGGUUGUAUGCUUCGGAGUAGUCAGAUGCUUGUUGCUCAGGCAUUGCUUUUUCAUCGAUUAGGGAGAUCUUGGAGAAAACCAGUGGACAAGCCAUUGGAUCGAGAUUAUGUUGAGAUCUUACAUCUUUUUGGUGAUUCGGAGGCAUCGGCUUUCUCUAUUCACAAUCUUCUUCAAGCUGGAAAGGCUUAUGGACUUGCAGCUGGAUCAUGGGUAGGCCCUUAUGCCAUGUGCCGCUCUUGGGAAUCUCUAGCCCGCUCUAAGAGAGAGGAAACCAAUCUUGAAUACCAGACACUUCCAAUGGCUGUUUAUGUUGUUUCUGGUUGUGAAGAUGGGGAGCGAGGGGGAGCUCCAGUUCUCAGCAUUGAAGAUGCUGCUAGACAUUGUUCAGAGUUUUCUAAAGGUCGAGAAGAUUGGACGCCAAUUCUUCUACUGGUUCCUUUGGUUCUUGGGCUUGACAAAAUAAAUCCAAGGUAUAUACCAUCCCUGCAGGCAACAUUCACCUUUCCCCAAAGCCUUGGAAUUUUGGGUGGGAAACCUGGUGCUUCAACUUACAUUGUUGGUGUGCAAGAUGAGAAUGCUUUUUAUCUUGAUCCACAUGAAGUUCAGCAGGUGGUCAAUUUUAGCAGAGAUGAUGUAGAGGCCAAUACUUCAUCUUACCACUGCGAUGUUGUGCGGCACAUUCCUCUGGAUUUGAUUGAUCCAUCCUUGGCAAUUGGAUUUUAUUGUCGAGACAAAGAUGAUUUUGAUGAUUUCUGUUCACUGGCAUCCAAGCUGGCAGACGAAUCAAAUGGUGCCCCGUUGUUUACAGUGGCUAAUUCCUAUAAAUCGUCAAAGCAUGAUAGUAGUGAGGUCCGAGAUGAUGAUCCCCUUGGUGUAACGACUAUGAAUGAUGCAGAGGGCUGCUUAAACGAGGAUGACUGGCAACUCCUUUAAAUGGAAAUGACUCGAGGGAUUGGAAACUAGUAACAUCCUUUGGAUUGUACUGGGAUUGUAUAUCCUUUUCUUCGGCACCUCCUAUUGCAGUACAAUUAGGAGUUCACGACUCCUUUUUAGAUGUUGGAUUCAACAUUUGUGGAAAGUACACUGAAAAUUUAUGAUUCUUUUCAAUCUUUUUUUACGGUGUAAAAAACAUUUAAGAAAAUUGCAAAUGUUGUAAGGUUAAUGAUUGAAUUAGAUCUCAUUCGGCUGAUGAAACA